AUGUCGGCACAUCGUCCGACUCUCGUCAAGCCGCCGCCGCUGGACGAGUCCAAGGCGCCUAUUGAGAACGCGCUUGAGCUGACUGAGCUGAGCAUCAUCGGACCUGAUUUGUUCACGAAUACACGCGAGCUUUGGCACCCGCCUGGUGCGAGGGGCUUGUAUGGCGGGUGUAUUAUUGCGCAGACGCUUGCUGCAGCGCAACGCACAGUUCCUCCCGACUUUACGGUGCACUCGUACCAUUGCUUCUUCGUGCUCGCUGGAGACUCCAGUGUGCCGAUUCUAUACCACGUAGAGCGCGUGCGAGAAGGUCGCUCUUUCUGCACGCGGACUGUGCAGGCGAGGCAAAAGGGGCAUGCUAUAUUCACCGUCACGUGCUCCUUUACACGCGACGGCAGUGGUGGCGAGAAGACGGUGUCGCAUCAUGCUUCUAUGCCCGAAGGUGUCCCUGUUCCACCAGAGGGCUACGAAGAGCCGACAUUGGUCGGUACAGAGAAGUCGCCCUUCGAACACUUCAAGUGCCCAAGGAAUGAUCUUGAUGUACCGCCUAAAGAUCGCAAGAUACAUCAAUGGGUCAAAGCGAGAGGCAAGAUCAGCGAAGAAGGGGGAAACCAGGCACAUCUCAGCGCGCUGGCGUACAUGAGCGAUUCCUACUUUAUCGGUACCGUCUCGAGGAUUCACCGUCUAUGGAGGUUCCCUUUCAAGCCCGAGGAGAUGGAACACCUAGAGCCUGAGAUAAGGGAACAUCUCAACAAGCUUAAUGAUGUCGAGGGCUUCGGAAGUUUCGAGCAAGUACGCGACCAGCCAAAGGUUGGAAUGAUGGUCAGUCUCGAUCAUUCUAUUUACUUCCACAACCCCAAAAAGGUGCGGGCCGACGAGUGGAUGUUCACGGAGAUGGAAAGCCCGUGGGCUGGCGAUGGCCGCGGCCUCGUCAUCCAGAAGAUCUUUAGUAGGGACGGCACGUUGCUCGCUACUGCUAUUCAAGAGGUGAGUUUGACCAAAAGAAGUUGUCCAAUUCCUAUCCAGGCCAUCGCCUACUCGUAUAAUCCUACGCUCGCCCUAGAUGCUUGGCUGUUCAGCUCGCACCAUCGGGGAUUCGACUAG